GCCUGUUUUUAAUUUUAUCUCUGCUGGAAGUAAAAAAGCCACAUUGUUUAUAUAACAUUCCAAAAUCGUGAGCCACUCCAAAGACAUGUCUACCCUCAGUGCAAAUGUUGCAAUUUUGCCCUUGUCUAGGAUACAGGCCUAAAGAGUGCAUAUAAUUUGCCUUGACGGGCUGAAAUAGCCAAAGGCAAAGGUGCUGCUUCAAUUAUUUCAAAAGUUGAUAUUGCAUACUCAGCACAAUAUUUACCAUUUUCAUCUUUCAAAUAAGAUCCAUCGGUGAACCAUGAAAAGUCAGUGUUAUCUGAAGUUUCCUGUAAAUCAUCAUGUGGGUCGGAAGGUGAUUUGUUAGUAUUUAGCAGUUGUUGGGGCUUUCAUCAGUAGAGGAGGGGAGAAGAUUAGCAGGAUUAAGGUAACUAUAGUGAACAAGAGUGAUCUAAGGGGCAGUUAACAUGAUGAUUUCAUAGGAAGUGAAAUGGCUUAAUGAAAGAUGUUGAGUAUGAUGAGAGUUAAGAAGAGCUUUGACAACAUGUGGCACAAAGAUGGUUAAAGGGGAUCCCAUGAUUAUUCCCUCAGUGGCCUUUACAAGAAGGGCAGUAGCAGGUAUAGCUAUGAGGAACGGGGAUAUCCCUGGGCUACAGGAUUUAGUUGUUUUCUAUAAUAUCCUGUGGGUUGGUGGUGAUCCUUUUGUUUUUGGAUGAGUACCCCGAGGGCAUUCCCUUUUUCAUAUACAACAAAGAAAGGGAGUUGAUAAUUGGGGUGUCCAAGGGCCAGGGGAUGGUUAUUAAACCAAAUCUUUUAAGAUUUGAAAAAUCAUGUCAUCUCAAUCUUCCUAGGUUUAGAUGUUUUUAAACAAGGUUUUAAGGGUUGGGCCAUAAGGGAAAAGUUGGGGAUCCAGUUGCAACAGUAGACUGCCAACCUGAGAAAACCUCACAGCUGAUGUUUGGUUUUGGGCUUUGAGAAGUUCAGGGUGCCAUGAAGCCUGUGUGAUCUUAGAUGCAGUCCUUGUUCUAAGGUUAAAUGUCCUAAGUAUCAAAUUUAAGUUUGAACAAAUUUUAAAUUUUUUAAAGAGACUUUCUAUCCCUUUUUGGCUUAGAGUUUUAGCAGAUGGAUGCUAUCUUCUUGUGAGGAGGCUUGGGAAGAGGAGCGGAGAAGUAAGUCAUCCACAUAUUUAAGUGGAGUCUCCAGGGAACUUGAUAUCAUCUGGGUCAGUCUUGAAAGCUUGUAAGAAAAAAGGGCUUUCCAUGAAACUCUGGGGCAUUACUGUCCAGGUAUAUUGCUGUUCUUCCCAAGUAAAGGCAAAAAGAUAUUUACUAGUUUUAUUUACUGGGAUACUGAAGAAAACACUACAUAAAUCAAUCAUGGAAGAAAAUUUGCUCUCAGUAGGGAUGGAAGCAAAUAAGGUGGGAUUGGGGACAACAGAGGGGCAAAGCGAUGACAAUAUUUUUUAUGGCUUGGAGGUCUUGAUGAGCCUCCAUCCAUGGCCAUUUGGUUUCUUCACAGGUAAAAUGGUGUUGCAGUGCCUGGUGCAGGGGAUAAUGAGGCCCUGAGUCUUGUAGCCUUCUGUUAUUGGCUUAAUGCCUUGAAGGGCCUCUGUUUAUUAGGGUAUUGGUUAAUUCUGGGGAGAGAUUUUGAAGAAUCUGUUUGUAUCUUUAACAGGAGGUGCACUGUGGAUUCUGUAAAUAUCAGUUGGGGAUUUUGUCAUGGAGAGGAUGGUAGCUGAUCCAUUAGAGACAAAUGAUUAGUGUCCUUGGAGUAGAUAUAUUGAUAUCAGAGAUGGAGCAAAUAAGAGCUAUUGAAGGGUCAUUUGACUUAUCUAGUUAGCUAUUUUGGUUCCUGCUGUCAAAUUCUAGAAUUAUUUCUACCUUUUGGAAGAAAAAUCCCAGCAUGAUAUUUUUCUAAGAAAUCUUGGCCCAAUAAAUAAAUAAGGUCAGAGAAACUAAGGAGAAAAGGUUGGGUAUCUCUAAAGGCCUAAGCAAAAAGGUAUAGGUUUAGAGAUAGGAACCUGUUGAGAUUUAUUAGAGACUCCCGCUAUUUGAACUGUUUUAGUACUCUGAGGCAGUGGGUGUUUAAUGGCAGUGGAGUUGAGCACUGAGGAGUGUAGCUUUAGUAUCAGUAGGUACAGAGAGAUUCAUUCCCCAUCUGGAGAGUGGUUUCUCCAGGUCAAUUAAGGGAAAGGACUGGAAUAGUCCCUGGAGUUUGGAGUUCCAUCACUGGGGAUUAGAACAUUGGCUGGAUAGAGGGCUGAAGGUGCCUGGAGCACUUAGGCUUGUAGCAGUCUUUCUUCCAAUAUUUUGGCUUUUUGCAAUAAUGGCAGAGACCAGGACGGUUUUGGUUUUAUUUAGGAUCCUUCAUUUGUUGGAGUUCAAAUGAAGGGGUUUAUGGGUCUUUCUUUUAUUUGAAUCAUCUAAGAUGUAGGUGACCUUGUUUGCUAAAUCAGCUCAAUCUGCAGUAGAGAUACUUUUUCAUUCCAUCCUGGUCCUUUUAACUAGAAUAAAAAAAUCCCAGUUCAGCCUGUUAAUGAACAUAGAGUUAACUGCUAUCCAGGUGGACUCAAUAUCCAAAGCAAGACCAGAAUUUUCUUUAAAGAUAAUUUGGAGCUGGCUCUAAUAAUCAUGCAUGGGCUCAUUGGGCUUCUGGGUACAAGCCUGAAUCAUAUUCCAAUCAGCUGGCUUUGGGAAAGCCCUGAGAAUUACCAAAAGGAUCAGUUGGCAAUUCCCCAAGCCUGAUCAUAUAUAUGGCAGCAAGGGUUUCUUUGUACCCAUGUUGUAAUUCUAGGCUUCUUGGGAUCAUUCCAUUUGGUAGUUGGGCCUGGCCUUCCCUAACAAGCAUAUGGUAUAAACCAGAGAAACCAGGCUGAUAAGUUUGAAUGACUAUACUAAAUUCCUCAGCAAAUCUAUGGGGAUCUUCAGUUACUUUGGGAAAAUCUUUGACUAUGGCUUGUAAUUCAACUUUAGUCCAGGUAACAGAAGAAAUUAAGGGUUUAGCAUUUGGAUUGACAGAGGGUCUGAUUUUAAAGGGGCAGGUUUUAAUAGGUUCAGGGGAGCAGGAAGUGAGAGAUUUUGAGAAAAAGAAAAGUUUAGUGAGGGGAUCAGAAUGAGAAAGUGAAGGGUAUAAAGAAGAUGGGGGUGGUGCAGGAGGAAAAGAAGCUGGCAGCAGAGACAAAGAGCACAGGGAGGGGAAAAAGAGGCCUUAGAAGCUUUUUUGGGUCUUCUUUCAAUUGUUCACCUCAGUUUAUUUGGAAAUGAUAUUUUGUAAAGAGAUGAUUUUAAAAUCUUGGGUACAUUUGGAAGCCUCCAGGUACCAAUUAAGAUAGGGAUCCCAUUUAGUCUGUUUAAUUUCGGAGCUAUGGUCUUCUAAUUUGGUUCUGAAAAAUAUGAGUUUGGGUGAUUGAAGGUUCCCCAUGAUGGCCAUUGGAGUUGUAAGUUAUCUUUGGGCAUUUGAGUUGUAAGUUAUCUGUAAGUUGUCCUACUUAGUUAAGGAUGCACAAGAGGAGGGACUGUAGUUUUUGAACAUAAAACUGGGAUCCCAGAAGGAGGACCCUCUUGAGAGAAUUUAGAGGAUUGGGAUCUUCUCAUACUUCAAAACCAGAGGUUCACAAUAUAAAUGAGUAUCACUAAAAGGACUAUACCUUCAAGAAAACAGAUCACCAGUAAAAUUGGAGAGCUCAACCAAAAGGAGGGAGCUUGAAUCUGAGAAAAGACUUAUCAAACUGAAAGGAAGAAGACAACUCAAGCAGAGAGUAUGAGGGGUACAAGUGGGUGCCACAUGUGGCUCUAGGGGUCAUUAGUUCCUCUAGGGUUCAUUGCCUUCGGAUCCCACUUCUGACACCAUGAAAUGUCAAUCUUUAAAAAUGUAAGUGAUCAGCCAGCAAAAUCAAGUUUAUUUGGAAAUAGCAGAGGAAUUGCAGUUCAAGAGAAGGAAACUAUGGUGAACCAUAGGCAAAUCCUGAGAACAAUGGAGGGGAGGAUCCUUUUAUAGAGGAAAGGAGGAAUUUGGAGGGGUAGUUUUGAAUAAAGUUUGUUGGAAGACUGUGAGAGUUCAGCUGCAAUAAAUGGGUCUGUGUGAGAGCCCUCCUUUCAUGGCUUCCUUGUUCCAAUUUUAACUUAGGUUUCCUUAACACAUUUUCACAGUUGAUUGUCUUAUUAUUGGGUUGUAAGUAUUCUUUGUAUAUCUCAGUAGAAGCCCAUUAUCAGACACAUGUUUUGCAAAUAAUUUCUCUCAUUCUGUUACUUGUCUUUUCAUUCUCUUCAUGGUAUCUUUUGAAGUACAAAAGUUUUAAUUUUGAGGAAGUCCAUUUUAUCAAUUUUUUUUCUUUUUUUGGAUCAUAUCUUAGGUUUAUGAUUAAUUUCCAUAAACUUUUGUGUAUGGUAUGAGAUAGGGAUCCAAAUUCAUCUUUUUUGUACAUGUAUAUCCAGUUAUGCUAGCACUAUUUGUUGAAAAAAACCUUCCCCCACUUUUAUCAAAAAUCAAUUUGCUGUAUGGGUACCUGGAUGGCUCAUUUGGUUGUGUCUAGCUCUUGGUUUCAGCUCAGGUCAGGAUCUCAAGGUCAUGAAAUCAAGACCUUUGUCAGUCUCCAUACUCAGCACAGAGUCUGUUUGAGACUCUCUCCUUCUCCCUCUACUCCUCACCCCACAUAUGCAUGCAAGCUCUCAGUUUCUCUCAAGUAAAUAAAUAAAAUCUUAAAAAAAAUCAGUUGACCAUUAAUUAUUCCUAGACUCUCAUUUCUGUUUCAGUGAUCUGCAUGCCUGUUUUUAUACCAGCACCACACUGUCUUAAUUAUGGUAGCUUUGUAGUAAAUUUUGAAAUUGGGUAAUAAAAGUCUUCCAUUGUUUUUGUUCUUUUUCACAUUAUUUUGGCUAUUCUGGGUUCCUUACAUUUCCAUGUUAAGUUUUGGUAUCAUCUUGUCAUUUUUUUCCCCCAAAAAGCCUGCUGAUUUUGAUAGAAAUUGUAUUGACUCUGUAGAUCCCUUUUGGGGGAGAAAUGUAAUAACAUGAAUAUGGAAUGUCUUUUCAUUUGUUUAGAUCUUUAAUUUCUUUGAGCAUUUUUUUGUAAUUAUCAUUGUACAAGUCUUGCCCUUCUUUUGUUAGUUUUAUUUCUUAGUGUUUCCUUUUUGAUGCUAUUGUGAGUAGAACUGUUUUUCAUAUUUCAAUUUUGGAUUGCUCAUUGCCAGUAUAUGAAAAUACAAAUACACUUGUUUUUUUUGUAUAUUGACCUAGUAUCAUGCAACCUUGUUUAUUAUUUCAGGCAGGUUUUUUGUGAAUUCCUUAGAGUUUUCUGCAUACACUCAUGUCAUCUGUCAAUAUAGACAAUUUUAUUUUUCCCUUUGCAUUUGGGUGCCCUUUUUUUUUUCUGGCCUAAAACUUCCAGUACAUUGCUGAAUGGAAGUGGGGAGAGUGGACAUUCUUGAUUUGUUUCUGAUCUUAAGGGAAAAGCAUCUAAUAUUUUACCAGUAGGUAUGAUGUUAGAUAUUAAGUUUUUCCUUAAUGAUCUUUAUCAGGUUGAGGAACUUUCCUUCCUAUAUUGUUGAGAGUUCUUAUCAUGAAUAAAUGUUGGAUACACAAAAUAAAGAGUUGUAAAAGAAGAUAUCAAAACAAAAUGUUUGCGGGGGGGAUAGUGAAAAUGAGUUUUUAGCAUGCUUUCAAACUUAAGUUGCUACCAACAUAAAAUAGACUGUUAUAUAUGUAGGCUGUUAUAUGUGAACUUCAGGGUAUCCAGAAAGCAAAAACCUGUUAAUACAUGUACAAAAGAUAACAAGAAAUGAAUGUAAAUAAAGCACUACAGAAAGUGAUCAAACCACAAGGGAAGAGAAUAAGAAAGGAAAAGAGAGGAACUACAAAAAACAGCCAGAAAACAAUUAACAAAUGGCAAUAAGUACAUACUUAUCAAUAAUUACCUUAAAAGUAGAUGGAUUAAAUUCUCCAAUCAAAAGGCCUAGAGUGGCUAAAUGGAUUUAAAAAAAACAAGACUCAUUUAAAUAACUGUUAGAACUAGUAAAUGAAUUCAGUAAAAUUGCAUGUUACAAAAUCAAUAUGCAGAAAUCUGUUGCAUUUCUAUACAUGAGUAAUGAAGUAUCAGAAAGAGAAGAAACCCCAUUUAUAAUUGUAAAUAAAAGAAUAAAAUAUGAAUAAAUUUUUAAAAAGAUUUAUUUAUUUUAGAGAGAGGGGAGCAUGCAAGCAGGGGGAAGGGCAGAGGGAGAGGGAGAGAGAGAAUCCUUAAGCAGAUUCCCUGUUGAGUGUGGAACCGGACAUGGGGCUCGAACUCAGGACCCUGAGAUCAUGACCUGAGCUAAAAUCAAGACUCAGACACUUAACUAAUUGAGCCACCAAGGUGCCCCUAUCUAUGAAUAAAUUUAACCAAGAAGGUGAAAGAUCUGUACACUGUAAACUAUAAGACCUUGAUGAAAGAAAUUGAGGAAGAUACAAAUAAGGGGAAGAUAUUCCAUGCUCAUGGAUUAGAAGAAUUAAUAUUGUUUAAAAUGUCCAUACUACCCAAAGCAAUCUGUAGAUUCAGUGCAGUCCCUAUCAAAAAUGUUUCAAUAUUUUUCACAGAAAUAGAACAAAUAAUUUAAAGAUUUGUGUGGAACCACAAAAGACCCUGAAUAGCCAAAGCAAUCUUGAGAAAGAACAACAAAGCUGGAGGUAUCAUGCUUUCUGAUUUCAAACUGUACUACAAAGCUAUGGUAGUCAAAACAUAUGUUAUUGACAUAAAAACAGGCACAUUGAUGGAACAGAAUAGCCCAGAUUAAACCUACACACCUAUGGUCAAUUAAUUUCUGAAAAGGAGCCAAGCAUUGCAAUGGGGAAAGUCUCUUCAAAAAUGGUGUUGGUAAAACUGGACAGCCACAUGCAAAAGAACGAAACUAGAGCACUAUCGUAUACCGUACACAAAAAUUAACUCAAAAUGGAUUAAAGGCGGGGCGCCUGGGUGGCUCAGUUGGUUAAGUGACUGCCUUGGCUCAGGUCAUGAUCCUGGAGUUCCGGGAUCAAGUCCCGCAUCGGGCUCCCUGCUCGGCGGGGAGUCUGCUUCUCCCUCUGACCCUCCUUCCUCUCAUGCUCUCUGUCUCUUAUUCUCUCUGUCUCAAAUAAAUAAAUAAAAUCUUAAAAAAAAAAUGGAUUAAAGGCUUGAAUGUAAGACCUGAAAUCAUAAAACUCCAAGGAGAAAACAUAGAUGGUAAGUUCCUUGACAUUGGUCUUGACAUUUAAUUUUUGGAUUUGAUUUCAAAAGCAAAAAUGAACAGACGGGAGUACAUCAAACUGAAAAGCUUCUGCACAGCAAAAGAAACCAUCAAAAUGAAAAGGCAACCUACUGAAUGAGAGAAAAUAUUUGCAAAUCAUACAUCUGUUAGGGGGUUAACAUCCAAAAUAUAUACAGAACUCAAGCAAGUCAAUAGCAAAGAAGCCGAACAUUUUCAUUGAAAAAUGGGCAGUGUAUCUGAACAGACAUAUUUCCAAAGAAAAUAUAUAAGUGGCCAACAAGCUCAUGAAAAGAUGUUCUACAUCACCAUCAAGGAAAUGCAAAUUAAAACCACAGUGGUAUAUUACUUCACACCUGUUAGAGUGGCUAUUAUUAAAAAAAAAGUUUGAGAGAAUGUAGAGAAAAGGGAACCCUUGUGCACAGCUGGUGGGAAUGUAAAUUGGUGCAGCCACUAAACAAAACAGUAUGGAGCUUCCUUAUAAAAUUAGAAAUAGAACUACCAUAUGAUCCAGCUGUUCCACUUCUUGGUAUUUAUUUGAAGAUGAAAACACUAAUUAAGAAACAUAUAUUGCAUACCAUGUUCAUUGCAGUUAUUAUUUACAGUAGCCAAGAUAUGGAAACAACAAGAAUAUUCAUCAGUAGAUGAAUGGAAAAAGAAGAUGUGGUAUAUAGACAAUGGAAUACCGCUCAGCCAUAAAAAAGAAUGAAAGCAUGCCAUUUGCAACAACAUGGAUGGAUCUGAGGGUAUUAUGCUAAUGAAAUAAGUCAGAGAAAGACAAGUUUAUGACUUUAUUUAUAUAUGGAAUCUAAAAAAUGAAACAAGAAACAAAACAAAAACUCCAGAUAUGGAGAAUAGAUUGGGGUUAUCAGAACGGCAGUUGGUUAUGGGGUGGAUGAAAUGGGUAAACAGCAAUGAUACGGUGAUGCAUAGUAACUAGACUUACUGUAGUGUAUACAAAGAUCAAAUCAUGGUGUGUGUAUGAAGCUGAAGUUAAUAUAACAUUACAAACCAAUUGUAGCUUAAGGAAAAAAAAUGAACCUUGUUGAAUAUAUCGACAUAAGUCAUAGCAUAAUUGAAGCAUUAAAAAAAGUCACCAAAGUUCUUUUUUACCUUGUAAUGGUAUUUUACAUACAUCCGUAUAAAACAAACAUGGUAGAGAUAAUAAAGCAGAGAACAGAUCUGCUUUGAAGUUAAGUUUUGUGUGGCUUGCAUGAUGUUUAAGAGUUUUCUAAUCACUAACAUUUAAACACCAAGCAGUUUCACCUUUAAAAACCCAUAUUUUCUAGGUUUUUAUUAAGGCAGUAGGACAACUAAAUCUGACUUUUCCUUUGCCAGCAGCUGGCAGGAACUAAGUUCUGGCUGUCUUCUUUGGAUGAUGCUUUGUCUCCCAGUAGCCUCAAGCCCUUUUGAUUGCUUUACUCAUUUAACUGACCCAUUCUGGACAUUUGAAUUUAUGACCUUUGUCUAAAGUAAUUUAGUAACACUUGAAUCAUUUUGAAGUGCAUUCAGUUGUCAAAGUUAUAGCUAGGGGAAGAAAUGGGUAAUUCUGAACAAAAUAGAGUGGAGGCUUUUCAAAAAAUUAAUUUUGACCAGGAUUGGGAAUGCCUGAGAGCCCAAAAAGAGGAUAGUGCUGAAGAACUUGUGGGGUUACUUCUGUUUGUGCAGCUUUUAAAUAUGUCUUAGCUAUUAGGGCAUGAUAAUCUUUUCAGUUUCUAAAAGAGCCGGGCAUUUCUGGUUGCCAGACUCAACUUAUUUUAGCAGAGAACCUUCACCUUCAAUAAUAACUUCUCUGUGAAAUAUUUACAGAGAAAAAACUGAGGUUAGUGGCAAAGCUGUUGACUGUUACCCCCAAAACUGACGCUGGUCUGGUGCUCUUCUUAUUGCCCCAGCAGCCCCAUGGCCAAGGAUUGCUGGUGCUCCCUGUUGAAACAGUCUUAAGCAAGUCUUUGGCAGGCUUUUUGUUGCAUUUUUCUAUUGUGUAAAUAAAGGUAUUAGAAGAAAUGCAGGCUUUUGAAUACUGCCUAACCAGUUUCUGCUUGGUAACUUGCCCUGAGAGCCUCCGUGAAUGCCAGCAAACAAAUUAGAUCCACAGUGUAUUUGAUAUGCAUAUCUUCUCCCCAAACAAAAUUUGAAUUCCACAAACACAAAUUGAGUCAUUUUCCAAAUGUUUGUAUAGGAAUGGAAGUUUUUAUCCUAUCCUUCUGUAACCAAUACCAUAAAACUUCUGAAGGUCUAUGAUGCAUUUGUUGUACAAUGUUAAUCCAAAACAAAACUUUAUUCUGACCAAAUUUGUAGCUAUCGAGAGAUACCAAACUCAUUUCUAUUGAUCAGUACAACAUGUUUGUACCAACCAGAUCUAAAAAAUGUGUAAAGGAGUGCCAUGCUGUAAAGAUCUUAAUUAUAGUUGUAAACACAAGUGCAGCUGUUACAAAUCUAGCAAAACCUCAGAUUAAACAAUUUAAAAUUUACUGAAGAUGACAUUCCAGAGCCAUUUUUCAUAAUAUAAACACUCUGGGACAUGCCUUUGAAAUGAGUGGGAUUGUCAUUAAUAUUAAUGCCACUGAAUUCAAGGCUGGGAAGUCCUUUCUUUCCGAGCUUAUUUUCACUGCUAAUUUUGGAAUAGAAUAUGCUUUUAACCUGAAGUAUGGCAUGUUUAUUCACAUCCUGAAAAAAUUUGAUUCUGUUGCUUUCGAAUUGUAGGAAUGCAAAAAUACAGUAUAAGUAUUCUUUCUUUAUGGUCUUUUAACUUAAAUGAGUUUUUUAGAAUUUGGCAAAAAUUAGCUGUUAAUGGAAUCCAAUUGCAUUAGUCAAUUAGAAGAUAGUAAAUAGUUGAUAUUUUAGAAUCGUAUCAGUUGGACAAUUUAAAAUGCUGUAUUUAAGGAAAGAAUUUUAUUCUGAGUGAUUUUGAGCAUGUUCCUUGUGAACUUGUCUUUCAGUUAGGCUGUGGUAGGACAAGCUUUCAAAACCUGCACUAUUCCAAUUUGUUUUUCUCAUUUUCCACUUAGUGUGAUUACCAGUGAGGUAUCAGUUAAGCAGUAUAGUAUUUUCUAGAGCUACGUUCUGUGCUUUGAUUUCUUAUGAAAUCUUGUAUGAUUUUUUGGGGUUUUUUGGGUCAAAUUUAAGAGUAUACAGGAGUCCACUGGAGGCGCUUUGAAUGGGUCAGAUAGUUCUAGGAGUGGGUGUGAUUGUUUUGUUUUUGUUUGCUUGUUUAUUUGUGACCACAUUUUAUUUUAAAGAUUUAUUUAUUUUUUUUGAGAGAGAGAGAGCAGGAGCAGGGAGAGGGACAGAGGGAGAGACUAUUUCAAGCAGACUCCCUGCUGAGCAAGGAGCCCAAUUCAGGGCUUGAUCCCACAACCCAUGAGAUCGUGACCUGAGCUGAAACCAAGAGUUAGAUGCUUAACUGAUUGAGCCACCAGGUGCCCCUGGUGACCGCAUUUUAAAAUUCCAUUUACUUUUACUGAAUUUCUCCACUGGACUGUUGAGGAAGCAUCUAAAUUGGCUAUUGCUAAACCAUCUUUAGUCUUUGAUUAAAAAGAGGCAACAUUUAUCAAAAGAAGGCAGUUGAGUUUCCCGUAUUUACAUUUGUUCUUUAAUUUCUGUUAAACAUUUUAUGACCAGAAGAAUUGAAGCCAACCAUUGUCAAAUACUGUGUUGUAACCUAAAGUUAGUAACUGGAAGCACAGAGCUGAUCAGAAGAACUGGCUUUUUCUAUCAAUAUAGAAGACUGGUAUACCACAAUGAAUGCUGUUGCUUUUGUCUCCCCCGUCUUUCUUUUUGCUUUCCUUUUUUUUUUUUUAAUUUAAGAGGUUGUGGAGGUUUCUUGAAUUCUUUCAGCAUUUACAUAAAAUUCUGUAUUUUGAGAAGGAACUCUGAGCAGAUACAAAAAGCCUCUUUCUGUUUAAAAACUUUUUUCAGUUAUUGUAGGAUUUUCCUUCAUUAUCAUCCAUUCUGUCCUUUCUCUGAUAUUAUAUCUUCUUUUUGUUUCUCUUUCUAGGUUUAUUCCCUGCUUUUGGUAGUGAACAUCCUCUAGUAUCUUGUUAAAAGGGUGUGUGGAAGAUUUGAUGUGUGCUCACUGUUUCCUUCAGUGCUUGGCAGGCCACUGUGAAGGUUCAUCACCUUUUCCCUUUUUCCAAGAUGGCUCAAGAUUCGGUAAGCUUUUCUUCUGAUUAUCAGUUUUGGCUGCAGAAGCUUUCUGUGUGGGACCAGGCCUCCACUUUGGAAACCCAGCAAGAUACCUGCCUUCACCUACCUCGAUUUCAGGAGUUCCUGAGACAGAUGUAUGAAGUUUUGAAAGAGAUGGAUUCAAAUACGAUCAUUGAAAGAUUCCCCACAAUUGGUCAACUCUUGGCAAGAACUUGCUGGAAUCCUUUUAUCUUAGCAUUUGAUGAAAGCCAAAAAAUUCUAACAUGGUGCUUAUGUUGUUUGAUUAAUAAAGAACCACAGAAUUCUGAAGAAUCGAAACUUAACUCCUGGACACGGGGGUUGUUAUCUCAUAUACUUUCGGCAUUCAGAUUUGAUACAAAAGAAGUUGGUCUUUUUACUCAAGGUCUUGGAUAUGCACCUGCAGAUUACUGUCCUGGUUUGCUUAAAAAUAUGGUUUUAUCAUUAGUGUCUGAACUGCGAGAGAAUCAUCUUAAUGGAUUUAACACUCCAAGGCGAAUGGUUCCUGAAAAAAUAAGGUUCCUGUCACGAGUUUGUAUACCACUUGUAACUCUGCCAGAUAUUGAACCCCUGGUGGAGGCUCUGCUCACCUACCAUGGACAUGAACCUCAGGAAGUGCUCUGGCCUGAGUUCUUUGAUGCUGUGAAUGAGGCCUUUCUGCUGAAGAAGAUUUCUCUCCCCACAUCAGCUGUAGUCUGCCUCUGGCUUCGGCACCUCCCCGGCCUUGAAAAAGCAACACUGCAUCUUUUUGAUAAGCUAAUCUCCAGUGAGAGAAAUUUCCUGAGAAGGAUCGAAUGCUUUUUGAAAGAUUCAUUACUGCCUGAAGCAGCCUGCCACCCUGCCAUAUUCAGAAUUGUUGAUGAAAUGUUCAGGUGUGCACUUCUGGAAACCGACGGAGCCCCAGAAGUACUAGCCGCUAUUCAAGUGUUUACACGGUGCUUUGUGGAAGCUCUGGAAAAAAAAAACAAGCAGCUGAAGUUUACAUUCAAGACCUACUUUCCUUAUGCUUCUCCAUCUCUUAUUAUGGCACUGCUCCAACACCCGAAAGAGAUCCCACAAGAACUGUGGCACCAGCCACUGAAACAUAUUUCUGAAAUGCUCAGAGAAAUAGUUGAAGACCAGACUCACGGGUCCUACGGAGGCCCCUUUGAGUGCUGGUUUUUGUUCAUUCACUUUGGAGGAUGGGCUGAUAUCGUGGCUGAGCAGUUAGUGAUGUCAGAAGCUGAACCCCCUGAGGCCCUGCUGUGGCUCUUGGCAUUCAGCUACAGCCCACGCGACGGGAGUCUGCAGAGAGCACAGACCAUGAUAGAGGUAAAGGCAGUGCUCGGCCACCUCAAGAAGCUGUUCAGAAGUCCGACUCUCUCAGCCAAGGAUCUGCAGGCAGCAGCUGCAGAGAGCCGAGACAGAGACCCCAGACCACCUUUGUGUCAACAGCUGAUCAGGCGCCUCGUCCUGAACUUCCUGCUCUGGGCUCCUGGCGGCCAUGUGAUUGCCCGGGAAGUCAUCACCCUUAUGGCUCCAACUGAUGAGUUAACCCACGAGAUGACUGGCUUGCUUGACCAGACCUUGUACAGAUGGGAUCAUCUCUGCAUGGAAGCCCCGAGGUCGAGAAAACUGGCCAGAGAGCUCCUCGCGGAGCUGUGCUCAGCCGGCACGGCCCGUUGACUGCAGAGCUGCCGUGCAGGGACCAGGCUCCCCGCGGCCUCGUGAUGUGAUGAUGAGACCAUUUCUUCGUGGAAUGAGUAGUGAGAAUGAGCCAGACAUCUUGGCAAGAUCUGCUAGCACAUAUUUUAUGAAGUGAGAAGACCGGUUCUUAACCCAAACUCCAUCCAGUUUAUUGUUCAUGACUGGAUUGUGCCUUGAGCAUUCCCUACCUGCUCAGCCCAGCUGCCAGAGAAUCACUAAAGAAAAGGCUUAGAUAGGAGAACAGAUUUUUGUUUCCAUUUUCCCUCGUAUCAGACCAAGAUACACAACUAUUAUUUGAGUGGUUCAAAGUCUCUGGACCAAGAGAUGGGUCAUGAACCACUGAUCGAUUUAGAAUGUAACUUAGUCCUUUUCCACAGGUCUCUCUUUUCAGAAGUCAUGUUAUUAUUAUUGGUGUUUCUUUUGACCCGCAGGGAUUUGAGAUAAAGCCACACUGUCUUGCUUCCCUAAGAAAUUCUUCAUCGAGGUGUCUCUCAGGCACCUCAGAAGGGAAACAGAGCCUGCUCGAGACCGACAGCAAAGUGGUAGUGCCCGGGACCACUGCUCAGCGGUGGAGGACGGCUCUGCCUGCCAGAGGGAUAAAGCCAGUUCCAGUAGGAACUGUAUUUGCUUUGUUUGCUAAACAUUGCCACCAGAGGGGCUUGUGUGACCUCAAGGAUGGCUGAAAGGGGAGAGUAUAGAGAGAUUACGGAUUAGUUGUCUAGUUAACCGAAGUGGGAAUUCAAAAUUUUUUUUUUUAAGAUUUUAUUUAUUUGAGAAAGAGAGCACAAGUGGGGGGCAGGGGCAGAGGGAGAGAGAGAAGCAGACUCCCUGCUGAGCAGGGAGCCUGAUGAGGGCCUGAUCCCAGGACCCUGAGAUCAUGACCUAAGUCAGAUGCUUAACCAACUGAGCCACCCAGGUGCCCUGGGAAUUAGAAAUCUCUAAUAAAAGAAUCGGUUAACCCCAAUAUUUAUUUCACAUCAAUUAAAAAAAUUUUCCCCUUCCAGGUUUAUUCUUAAUAUGCAUUGACUAUGUGCUUUUCUCUGUGCAUUCUGGUGGUUGAGUCAGUCAGGACUUCAUGUCCACUUUGAUUUAUGUGUUAGUGAUCUCUGAAUCACCUUCAGUUUGGGCUCCUGUUUGAGGUAUGAGUAACAUUUUGUUGGAUUAAAGGUUGUGGUGUUAGGAGCAUUACUGUUUUGGUAUAUGGAUCCACCUAAAGAUCUGGAAAAUUCAAGAAUUGUUUGAUCUGAGCCUGCCCUUUGAGAAAUGUUGCAGUUUGAGCAAUGUUCUGAUAAAAUACUGUCCACACAACUACCACCAUUAUUACUUUCAUAUAAAAAGCCUUCAUCAAAACGUGUAGUAGUAGGCUUCAUUUGGAGUCAAGGACAUCUCUUCUGUGUUGUUUGCCAUGGAAGCUGUGAACAGCUCUGUGGGCAUGAAGAAGGGGAUCUGUCGUCUGGUAGCCUGAAUAAUCCCUAACGUGAGGGCCCGUCAGGAAUCAGACUCCUGUUGUCGGUGUGCUUCCACUGGAAAUUCAUUCUCAGCAAGACUGUUACCCACCUCAGACUGUUGAAGCUGCAUUUCUGAAAGGGUCCUUCCUGUCCUGACCUUACCUCAGCCUGUUUGUAGUAUCUCCAAUUCCUAUACAAAGCCUCAAAAUUCUCCCAAACCUUGGGCGUUUGAGUCAGCACCUGACCAGACUAUCUGAUCGGCAGAGCUUUAGUCUUCACCCCGGUGAACUCCUGGCAGCCAGGCAGUUCUUGUGUCUGGAGCAGGCCCUGGUUUGUUUACUGAUUUUACUUUCUCCCCUUGCCUUUCCCUCCUUGAGAAAGUCACUGACAAGGGGAGAAGUGCUCCACAGGGGGAAACAAAGGGAAGCAGGAAUGUUCCCCAAACUGGAGGGGCAGCCGGGAAGGCUCACCGGCAGGCCCUGGCCUUCAGUGGUGCACAUGCCGACCAUUUUAGAAGGGUUACUGCAUCAUCCCAUUCACUUCUCUGAGGAGGAGGGAGUCUCCCUAAGUGCAGAUGGAGGGGGGUGCACUGUGGAAGGGAGGAAGCGACGCUGUCUGCUUGACAGCCCAGGAAGACAAGUACCUUGUACUCCUUCUGCUCCUGAGCAAGCCCGCCCCCAGCCACCCCAGAAGAGACCCAGUCCUGGCAGAGGAACUCAGGAGCAGGCUGAGAAGUAUCUAGUAAAUUCCACUUCCUCAUCCCGUUGCCUUGGAGUGGGGGAAAGUCUGAACCUGUGGGUUCUUUCGGUUUUUUGAAGUUCAAAGAAGUAGGGUUCGAGCUAGGAAUGGGCUCUGGUGAGGAUGCACGUGUAGGCCCCACAGGCUGCCGAGCCUUGUGCCCCUGUUGGAGAGCUUGGAGCGCUGAGGUCUCAGUGAGGCUGAGACCCAGAGGCUGUGUGUGGGGUUAACUGGACUGGGUUUCUUUCCACUAUAGUGUCUAUGCCGGGCAGAUGCCUCCAGCUUCCACCAGCAGAAUAGUCAAUGACGAGCAGCUUCAACAAGGAGGACACCUGAUGGUCGCAGACACAGAAAACCCGGAAAGAUGGCUAACAACGGGGUUGGCUUCAGUGGGGUUCUGGGUUUUCUCUCCCAAGUUCAAGAAAGCUGCCAAGUUGAGACUUUCUUGACAGCCUCCAAGAAGGAAAAGGACAUCAGGUUCUCCUGUCUCUCCCACCAGCCCGCACUGGACCUGCCCUUAGGUCAUUGGCAGACCCAGCACGGCGGAAUGGGGUUGCUAAGACCAUGCGCAGAUUUAUCAGGACACUAAGGAGCCUUGAGCUUCAGGGCCUUCCACUGCCUGGCCCCUCAGAGGCCCUGGGAGAGGCCCCAGCACCGUGCUCCCAUGAUCAUCUGUUUUUGUAAAAUUCAUAAAGAGAAUUUAACUGCCACUGGCAAAGGUGUUUCUGUGCACUCCUACUGUCCCCCUUCCCACUGGGCCGUGCAGGGUGGCCUUGUGCACUGGAAUCCGGCUGAGAGGACUCGGAGUUGGUUCAGCAUUACUUCAGGGUCUAGUGAAGUUACUGCGGAGGGCAAGCUUCCAAGAACGCUAGUGCCCCCUGCAGGGGCCAGGGCCCAACAGCAGUGUGGCCUGUGCCCCCUGAGGAGGAACCCUGAGGGGAGUGGGGGGAGUCCUUCCAAAACCUCCAGCUUGGGUCUGGGAUGAACCUGAUAGAGGUUUUCAGAGAUCUGAUAACAGCUCUAAAAUGAUCUAUUACCAAUAGCAAGCUGUGAAGUGGAGAGAAACGUUAAGUCCUAAUAAUGAAGUUUUUGAUAAAGCGUGCUGGAGAAGCUGUGGGAAUAUGUAAAUUCACUGUCCCGACAAGAGGUGAUCAGAGGACAGAGCUGCCAAAAACCGGGGAGAAAAGGCAUUUAUGCAUUCAUUGACCACCUGUUAAUGCAAAGCCUGUCACCUGCACUUUGUGAUGUGUGGAAUCUGUUAGCGUUUUUAAAUUUGUAAUUUAUUUUUUUUAUUAUAAAUAAAAACGUACAUUACACCUAA